AUGGGAUAGGUAACUUACUUUUGUUGUUCUAACUAACUUAGAAGUCCAACUGCUAAUUCGACUACAGAAAGAAGUAGUAUGACCAACUGUUCUUAAUCAUAGAAUAUAAAUUUAAAGGAUUAAGUAAAAAUAAUGAUAGUUGGAACUAAAUCAUCAGGAAAGACUACUUUACUGAAUAAUUUGAUUAUUAAUAAUUAAAAAUAAAUAUAUUAUGGUUUAAAGCAGAUUCCACAUGGUGGGAUACAAUUUAAAACCAUUUAAUUGAAACUUGAUGACAUAAACAUUUAACAUACAAUUAAAUGUAGAUUUAUAGAUGUAGAAGGUAAUUUUUUUUAGCAAUUAGAGCAUAUAAAAAAGCUUAUUCCUAGCUGUGAUGGCUUCAUUAUAAUGUGUGAUAUGUCAAAUGUUAACAGUAUUUAAGAAGCUUAAGAAAUUUUAAAAUAUUUAGAAAAAGGUCAAUAAAAUAAACAUAUAUUAGUUUUAGCCAAUAAGAGUGAUUUAUAGGAAUCAUUUUAAAACUAAGAUUUAAUUCACCAAAUCACUUCAACUGUUAAGCAUUUUUAUGUGAAUACUUGCUCGUUAGUAGAAUGUUUUAAAUACAAAGAAUUUAUUUAGUAAAUCGCAUAUGCAUCUUCUCUUAUAAAUCUUGAAUGA